CAAGCCAUUAAUCUAGUGAUGUAUGGAAUAGAAAGUGCGAUGGAUUGAAUCCAUACUCUUUGUCACCAGUCGUAAUCUAGUCAAUUCAACAUCAGAUAUUAAAGAAUAUGCCUUCAAAAACUGCUACAGUGUUUGUUAUUGAUGUGCGGAUGGAGAUGUCAGCGGAUUGCCUCUCCAGCAAUGCUAGUAAUAAACCCUUAACUUGCAGAGAGGUUGCAUGCCAAUUGGUUGCUAGACAGCUUCAAGAUCUUAUCAUCAAUGGUCGUAAAGGCGACGUUGUUUCACUUAUUAUUGUUGGGUCCGAAUCAGCCGACAAUCCUUUGGCUGUUGAUGAUCAGUACCAGCAUGUUUCUAUCUACAACUAUUGUCAUGAACAACUGUUUUGUAUGGCUUCGGUUGAUAUGUUCAAGUUUGUGAGCAAUGGAUGUGUAGUUGGUGGUGAUUAUGGAGAUGUGAUGGAUGGCAUUAUUGUUGGAAUGCAUGUUCUCGAGCUUCACUGCAAACAACUCCAAUUUGAUCGCCGUAUGUUUGUGUGUGCUCAUGCAGGAGGCAGUUUGGAAUCUGAUGGAUAUGAGCAAGUGCUUCACACAGCGACAGUAAUGAAUUUAGACUUUAUUAUGGUCGGAUUCAACUUUCCUGAUCCAGUCAGCAUUUCCAAUCCACAUCUUGCCAAUGCUACGUUUUGGAGAAACUUUACCUGUCAGAUUCCUUCGUGUACUCGCAGCCAACCCAAUCGUGUCUUGGAUCCUGAAGAAGCAUCGGUUGUAUUGGACCAACUUAGACAUCAUCUUACUUUAUCCGCGCCUGUCUACUGUGGCGAUUUGACAUUCGGUACCAAAGAAGAUCUAGUCAUUCCUGUUACUUGCUACUUGAAAACUAGUGGUGUCAAGAUUCCUACAUCAAAAAAGUUUUCCAUGUUGGCUGAAGAAAUUGACUCGGAGCUACGGGCUCAAUAUGGGAUGGACUACGGCGCGGUCAAAUUAACUAAAACGUACAAGUAUGUGGAUGGAAAUGACAAAGAUUCUGACGAUGCAUCUGAAAGCGAUUCUGUAGACGCAUCACAUAUCCAUCCAGAGAAUGUCAUCAGGGCAUAUCGCUAUGGCAAAGCAGUUAUUCCUUUUUCGAUUCAAGACGAGGAAGCUGCACAACUUCUUACCAAAAAAUCCAUAAAAAUCAUUGGGUUUAUAAAAUCAGAUGCAAUUCCAAGACAUUAUUACAUUUCAGGAACUAUGGCUAUUGUCCCAAAUAAAGAUGUGCGAGGCACAGACAUCCAGUUUACUGCACUGCUUCAAGCCAUGACCAAAGCCAAUAUAGUGGCUAUUGCCAGAUAUUGUCGAAUAAAUAACGCCAAACCAAAGUUUGGAGUAUUGAUCUCGACAAAAAAGGGAUACGGCCUAUUCAUUCAGAUUCCGUAUGCAGAUGAUUUUAGAUUUGUAGUAGCUCCGCCCAUUGAUGAUCUGACUUUGGCUACACUGCCCAAAACUAUACAAUCUAUUUCAACCGAAAGCAAAACGGAUAUGCUUGUUUCGAUUGAGACCGAGGAGCAGCACAAUAAAGAAAAGGAUGACUCGUCCACCACUAUUUCUCAUCAUGAUAUAAGCGACACAUCAUCCACGGGCCAGAUUCGCUAUGCACAGGAGCAUGCUCGAUACAGGGAAAAAUUUCUUGCAAGAAAGGUUUCUCCACAACAAGCGUUUGAUGCUGUGGAUUCAUUGAUUGACGCAAUGGAUAUUUCAGUCAAAUCAGCAGGGACUUCGUUUAACCCAAAGCAUGUCAGUAAUCCAUUAUACCAGCGUCUGUGCGAUUGUAUCGCGUAUCGGGCAAUACAUCCCAACUCGACCGAUAUUUUGCCCGUGAAUCCGACGAUUAAGAGAAACAUGGAACCACGUCAGGAACUUGUAGAAAAGGCAAUGCCAGCAAUCGACCAGCUUCGUCAAGCAUUUACCAUUAAAAAAGUUGUUGACGUGGAAAAGCCAAAGAAAUCCAAGCAUGUGUGGGCAGAUCUUGCACGAGAAAUGGUCAAGAGUGAAAAUGCUGAGCCUACUGUAAGAGAUCAUCCAGCUGAUGAUACAGUUGCAUCAGAAAGUACAAAGGCAAGCAGCUAUAUUGGCCAGCCAUUGAGCUUAUCUACUCAUCCUGCCACAGUAAAGCAUAUUACCCAACGAGCUGUCGACACGAUUUCGACUUUAGAUCCUGUCAGUGAAUUUCAAUCAAUGGUAUCUCGUAGUGAUGGAAAUUAUGUUGAACAAGCCAUGACGCAAAUGUGUCACAUCGUAAAAACUCUGAUUGCAGAAUCUAUAGGACAGGCGUUUUAUGCCAAAGCAUUUGCAGCACUGAAAGCACUUCGUGUUGAGUGUGUUCGCCAUUCCAAUCCAUCAGUAUACAACGCUCUGAUGCGUGAUCUAAAAACAGAAGUGCAGUCAGGAUUACUUUCUCGUGACCAUGGUCUAGUAUGGAAACUUAUAGUUGAUCAAGGAGAGUCGUUGAUUACCCAGACAGAGUCAUGUGUCAGUUUGGUUUCUCACCGUGAAGCUGUAGAGUUUCUACAAUACCCAGCACAACAGCCAGCGCUUGUUUCCCGCUCUGCUCGAGAAAGCAAUACUGAGGAUUUGUUUGCUCAAAUGGACUAAAUUGUUCAUAAAACCUAGCAUAUACACGCUGAUUUUUACUAACGCAGGAUAACAAUCCUGAUAUGCCGUAGCAGAACUCUUGAAACACACAGAAUUUGAAAUAGUAAUAAAGCAUAAUAUAUAGCUUCUGAUCUACAG